CACCAGCUCGCUCCCCGCCACCCCCGCGCGCGCCCUCCGUCCGAUCGUCCUCUCUCUCUCUCGUGCCUCUCUGUACCUCCAGCGUCGCAGGCUGCCCGCACGAGCCGAGAGCAAUGGAGGUGGGCCCGAGCAUGGCCAUGCAGUCGCGCGCGCCUGGCGUCGGUGUCGUCGGGGCCGGGGCCGGCGGGCGCCGGUGCUUGUUCCUCGGCCGGGAGAAGCAGGCCCGGGCGGGGAGCCUGCGGGUUGGAGGAGGAACUGCCGGAGCGUCAGCCGUGGCUGUGCGGGCUCGCGGGACCAAGCCCGUCGCGCCGCUAUGCUGCGUCAGGGCAUCGCGAGGCAAUGAGAGCUCGCAUAACUCAGUUGAUGAGGCCCUACUGUUAAAGAGGAUAUCAGAAAAAGUUCUGUUCCACUUGAAUGGGCGGUGCAUUUACCUAGUUGGAAUGAUGGGAUCUGGAAAGAGCACGGUGGGGAAGAUCUUGGCUGAAGUUCUGGGUUAUUCAUUCUUUGACAGUGAUAAGUUGGUAGAACAAGCAGUUGGCAUGCCUUCCGUUGCUCAAAUAUUUAAGGUUCAUAGUGAAGCAUUUUUCAGAGAGAAUGAGAGUAGUGUAUUGAGGGACUUGUCCUCAAUGCGGCGAUUAGUUGUUGCCACUGGAGGGGGCGCUGUUAUCAGGCCAAUCAACUGGAAUUACAUGAAGAAAGGUCUAUCUGUUUGGUUGGAUGUGCCUUUGGACGCACUUGCAAAGCGUAUUGCUCAAGUGGGGACUGCUUCUCGUCCUCUUCUAGACCAGCCGUCCGAUGAUCCAUACACAGCGGCUUUCACAAAACUGAGCAUGCUUUUGGAGCAAAGAGGCGACGCUUAUGCAAAUGCUGAUGCCAGAGUUUCUCUUGAAGAGAUUGCAGCUAAGCAGGGCCACGGUGAUGUUUCUAAGCUGACACCGACCGAUAUCGCCAUCGAGGCGCUACUCAAGAUUGGAAACUUCGUCACUGAAGAUCCCACAUCCCAUGGCCAAGUUGAUUCUCAGAGCCGCCGGAUACAAACCUUGUAGAAUUUUGACCUCAUGUACCAGUAGAGAUAGCGCUCUACAAUAUUUAUUUGUUCUUUAUAUUGAAAAUAAAUCUGAAAUGUAGAAGUAUAGACUAUAGAACAACUGAUGGAGGGAGCCAAUGACAGAAGCUCCACGGCUGAAAAAAAGGUUGUUACAGUUACCAAGUCCAGUGUCCACCCGUUGGUUUUCGACAAGCUUUCUUUGCUCCUAUCCGGCAGAGUGCCCGUUUCAGAGACAUGAAUUUCGUAGAAAGGUCGCAGGAAAUUCAUGGUAAAUGGUUCAAUUUUCCUUUAGAAAUCCGAGUAAGAGAGCAAUGUGUAAGGAUACCUUCGAAUCACUCCAAUAUCAUCCGAUUAUAAUUUAUGUUUACAAGCACAAUAAUAUUUACCAUAGUAUUUGUGCCGGAGGGAGGAGGAAGGGGAACGCUGAGGCCGAGAAGCCAGUCGGCUUCCCUUCCGCACCCCGAGCUCCCAGGCUCCCAGCGCCCCCCAUGUCGUCGCCUCCGCCGCUACCCGGCCACUCGACAACGCUCACGCUGCCGACCACCGGCGCCUCCGCGUGCCUCCUGCGUCCGCGCGCCCAGCAACUCCUCGUCUGCGGUUUGUCCAGAGCCGCCGCUGCGACGCCUCACGCAGCCGCAUCCUCGGGCCUCCGCUGCUCCCACCACUCAUCCGUGGCCGCCGCACCCUCCACCUCCCCACAGCGCGCAGGCGGCGGCAGCGACCUCGUCACCCUUACCCUCACUGCUUCCGCGUUGCUAUCUUAUGUAGGUUGCAGUAUCUGCGUGCUUGAUAUUCUUUUCGGCAAUUCGCUCUAUGCUGGCAUGUAAGAGGGAGGCAGAGUUUCUCGAGAAAUACUUUGAUUCAGCAAGAGAAAAACUUCCUGAAACUAUGGCUUCAUUGAGACUGAUUGGAAGGGAGGUCGGUGACUUAGCUGCAGAUCUUAGUGAUCUAAGUCAAGAAUUGACAAAGGGUGUAAAAAGUUCCAUGAGCAUCGUUCAUACAGCCGAUGCUCAACUUCCCCAGCGGAUGCCCCCUACCUUGCCAGGAACCGCACGGAGGAUGUCUAAUCAGAAGAACCUGGCAGAGGAGUCGUUGCUGGCUAGCACCGUGAGAGAUCUGCGUGAGUUGAUUGCAGACAUCCGGUCAGGAUUUGGAGUAGCGGCCGGCAUCGCCGGCCUUUUCAUGUGGGCCUCGAACUUCGGUUCAAAGCGCCGUAAGAAUCGCUCGUAGUGUAAAAGAAUAAUGACGAUGGUGCUGUUUAGCAAUGGACCUUGAUGCUAGACAAGUACAUGCUUGUUAGAAAUUGAGUAUCACCGCCUCGCCGCUGCACCCACUUCUACUGUUUUGAAAUUGGAUUAGCUUAUUUUAAUGA